UUUUGUUUGUUUGUUUUAUUGCUCGGCGACAUGACUUCCAGGACAGGCUCGCACAGCCCGGCUGGCUUCGGUAAGAGUCUACCGGAGCGGGGGCUGCUCCUGCUGGUGGUGUUGGUGCUCCUGGAGGGCUCCGUGCUGCCUCACGGAGCCGCCAGCUCUCCGGACACCAGCCACCACACGAAGGCGGGGAACGGCGCGGGGAACGGCACCGGGAACGGCACGGUGAAGAUCGCCAAAAAGGCUUUCCCCGUGCUCAGCCUCGACUACCAUCACAUACAGACCCCGUUUGAGAUCUCACUAUGGGUGCUGCUCGCCUCUUUAAUGAAGUUGGGGUUCCACCUGAUCCCUCGGCUAUCGGGCAUUGUGCCAGAGAGCUGCCUGUUGAUAGUGGUGGGCCUGAUGGUGGGGGGGCUCAUCAAACUGGCUGGAGAAAAAGUCCCCCCGGUGCUGGAUUCCCAAUUUUUCUUCCUCUGCCUGCUGCCUCCUAUCAUCCUGGAUGCUGGCUACUUCCUGCCCAUUCGUCCGUUCAUGGAGAACCUGGGCACGAUCUUGAUAUUUGCUGUUGUGGGGACCCUGUGGAAUGCCUUCUUCAUCGGGGGCCUGCUGUACGCUGUGUGUCAGAUCCAGCCAAACAAUCCAUCCAACCUCCACCAGCUGGAGCUGCUGCCUUGCCUGCUGUUCGGCUCCAUCAUAUCGGCCGUGGAUCCUGUUGCUGUCCUGGCUGUCUUUGAGGAGAUCCACAUAAAUGAACUCUUGCACAUCCUGGUGUUUGGUGAAUCACUGCUUAACGAUGCUGUCACUGUGGUGUUGUACCACCUGUUUGAGGAGUUUUCAGCGGUUGGCUCAGUGACAGUGUUGGAUGGUGUCCUGGGAAUCAUCUCCUUCCUGGUAGUUGCGUGUGGUGGCGUUCUGGUCGGAGCUAUCUAUGGGAUCCUGGCUGCCUUCACCUCACGCUUCACUUCCCACACCCGUGUUAUCGAGCCGCUUUUUGUCUUUGUGUACAGCUACAUGGCAUACCUGUCAGCUGAGAUGUUCCACCUCUCUGGCAUCAUGGCGUUGAUUGCAUGUGGGGCGGUGAUGCGACCCUAUGUGGAGGCCAACAUAUCCCACAAGUCCCACACCACCAUCAAGUACUUCCUGAAAAUGUGGAGCAGUGUCAGCGAGACACUAAUCUUCAUCUUUCUGGGUGUGGCGACGGUUGACGGCCAACACGACUGGAACUGGACCUUCGUCACCGUCACUGUCAUUCUGUGCCUGGUUGCCCGGGUCAUAGGUGUGGUAGGUCUGACCUACAUGAUCAACAAGUUCCGCAUCGUCAAACUGACAACCAAGGACCAGUUCAUUAUCGCCUACGGUGGCCUGCGAGGUGCCAUCGCUUUCUCCCUUGGCUUCCUGUUGAAGAAGGAGCUCUUCCCCCUGAGAGAGAUGUUCCUCACCGCCAUCAUCACCGUCAUCUUCUUCACGGUCUUCGUUCAGGGUAUGACCAUCAAACCCCUGGUGGAGCUGCUGGCAGUGAAGAAGAAACAGGAGGCCAAGCGCUCGAUUAAUGAGGAGAUCCACACACAGUUCCUCGACCACCUACUGACUGGUAUUGAAGACAUUUGUGGACACUAUGGACACCACCACUGGAAGGACAAGCUGAACCGCUUCAACAAGAAGUAUGUGAAGAAGUGCCUGAUUGCAGGUGAACGCUCCAAGGAGCCACAGCUCAUCGCCUUCUACCACAAGAUGGAGAUGAAACAGGCCAUUGAGCUGGUGGAGAGUGGAGGGGGAGUCAAGAUGCCUUCUUCCAUUCCUUCCACUGUUUCCAUGCAAAACAUCCAGCCCAAGAAGCCUCCGCCUGCCAAGCCUGUGGAGAGAGCUCUGCCCCAGCUGCCCAAAGGCCGAGAGGAGGAGAUCAGGAAGAUCCUCAGGAGUAACCUCCAGAGGACCCGACAGAGGCUGCGCUCCUACAACCGACACACUCUGGUGGCUGAUCCAUACGAGGACGGCCUCGGUGAUCUCCUCAUCAAGAAGCAAAGGAUGAUUGAGCUGGAGAAAAAGAUAAAAGACAUGAAUAACUACCUGACGGUGCCUGCUGCUCCUCCCGAUUCCCCGACCAUGUGUCGAGCCAGACUGGCCUCAGGCAAAGAUACUGAUUUCAAACCUGCUCAACAGCAGAAAGGGAACACAAUCGGUCCAGACCCCCAAGCCUACCACACGAAGUCUGUGUCAGACAGUGUGCCGGCCAUCCAGGUGGACCUGGCCUCUCCUCAGUCUCCAGACUCUGUCAACAUGAUGGAUGAGUUCAGGCGGGCCGGCCAGCAGCAACAGCAGCAGGAGGACCAGGGCCUGAUGAUGAGACCUCCCUCGCGGCCGGGCGAGGCUGACGGAGCCAGAGAUCCGCAGAAGCUGACGAGAUGCCUGAGCGAUCCCGGUCCCAGCGCAGACGAGGAAGAGGAUGAACCCUUCCUGCCUUGAUACGGCAGACUGGAUGUGGAGGGGUCAGACAGAAUACUCUAACUCUAAAUAAUGUCUUUGGUUCAGAAACCAAACAAGCCAAAACUGCUAAUGCUGUACAAACCAGAGAGAGGAAGCAAAAGGAGAUUGAGAAGAAAAAAAGAGCCUUUAAUUUGUUAUUAUCAUUGCUCCUUUUUCUUUUAAAGACAGCAUUGGAACAGCAUUCACUGCUAUCUGAGAGAUAAUGGAGUAAAUGAUUGGUAUUCUGAGACAUUCAGGAAAGAACUAUGCAUUACCAAAGGUAUGAACUGUUUUAGUGUCAGACAAUGUCAUUUUUACUUUAGUGUCAGUUUUUAUUUCUUAAUGAUUGCAUACGUAAUUGCUGGUUUUAUGUUUGAUCGUGAUUUACGAUCUCUUCUGUCUUGAGACAUCCUGGGCCUCUAGUCCCAAAUUUAAUCAACAAAUCAAACUCCUUCAAUCCACUUUUCACGUGUAAACAUUGCACUUAAGGUUAAGGCGUUUGAUUUAAUCCAAAAUCUCACUUACACCUUUCUCAUUCUGUCACUUGAAGUUGCUGGAGAUUCAAACAUUAAGAGUGUAGCUAGUUUAAAAUAUUUGGCCUUAUUUUAUGUCGAGCCUUGUUCACUUGGUGAAGUUUUUUCUUUGUCUUUAAGAAAACAUAUUUUGAAGUGGAAACAGACAGACUUUUAGCCACUUGUUCCCGCCUUCCUCACAGUUCCUGGUUCCUUUUUUGACUGCUAGCAUUAGCAACAUUGCUCUUGCAAACCAAAACAACGGUAACAAUUCUGAUUUUACCCAGAAACGCAGAUCUCAAGGCAGAGAAAAACUCCUCUUGCAGUGAUAAGUAAGCAUUAUUUUAUUACUCACUGAUGUGGUUGAAAGUACGCCAGCUGAAUGUCUGUUUUGAUCCCUCUCAAGUAGGACGUAAUUGAUUACGUUGACACGUCAUAUUUAUUAUUGUUAUUAUUAUUAUCUUUUUUUAGAUUUGAGCCAGUGAAAAUCGCUUAAGCACUGCUACUAGAAUUUGCACCACAGUGUGGCAUAGAAUAGGAAGCAGCAGCAGCAGCAGAAGAAGAAAAUGAAUGAUGGCAGAACAUGUUUAGGAGGGCAGGAAAGCGAAAAGGUCCAAAGUGUGGGAACAUUUGGAAAAUAAAACUGGGAAACAUGCGACAAGAGGACGGCUGGAGACGAGCUCUUUGAAUACAUUCAUUGGUUAAUAAUGUGUACAGACCUGAAGGGUGGCCAAUAAAAUCAAUUAGGAAAAAAUAACUCAAAUUUGCAAAUACGAGGUUUCUGUCUGAUUGCAACAAUAUCAUUAAUAAUUCAAGUGUAGGAUAUUAAGUCAGUACAAAACAGUAAUGAUAUAAAUUGGAUAAAACACUGAAUAGUAAACCUCCACUUAAUGCAACGAUUUAUAACAUAAUAAUAAUAAUUCAUUUUUAAGAUAUUUAAUCAAUUAAAAACUGUAAUAUUAGUAUAAAUUAGCUCAAUUAACAUAUGAAAAAUCCAGUUGUGUUUCAAAAUAUUAUGUUUUCAAAUACAUGUUUCAUGGGUUUUUAAUUUCCUCUGAGAAUAUGUCGAAACAGAUGCUGCCAAAAUAAUCAUGACUGAUCGAAAAAAAUAAUCAGUAGGUUAGUCAACAACCAAAAUAAUCGUAGUUGCGGCCCUUCUCUCAAGUCAUCUGAGCCCUCUACACGGAGUCAACACCCGUCGGUUUCUGUCACUCUCCCUCAUCACCUUCUUUGCCUCGUCUAUCAGCACGGUUCUUUUCUUCUGCAGGGUAGAGUUACACAGUUACUCACGUUGUUCCACCGUUACCUGGGGCUAACCACUGAUAGCUUCCAAGGAAAACAAAUCCUCUGGCAGAUGGCAGAAGCAGAAGGAAUAACAGUGUGAAACGAGAGUUAUAGGGAACCAGUUUAAACGGGGACGGCGACACCGCUACACUGUGCAAUCAAUACUUUCAUGAGGACGAGUUGGAGCGAAGAAAGUUGUCUGUUUCCAUUUUCAUUUCAGGGGUACUAACGUCUUUUUGCAAUCAGUUUGUUUCCGGUGUUGAUGUUGUUGAUGUUUUUAGUCACCGUGCAGAAGAACCACAUUUCUUUACUGCCGUGCUUUCAGGCCCACAGGCUUGUUUGAAGGCUGUGGAGGGGUUUGUGUGAAAUUCCUCGCUGGCGUUCGAAGAUGUUUUGACCUACAAAUGCAGAGAAAAGCUGAGUGUUUUGGGGGGAGCACAGAUGUUUUGAUGUCAGUGAUCUUUUUUUUGAUUCCCCACCAGGGUCCUCUGAAGCUGAAUCACAUGUUGUCCCAUUUCUGUGUAGAUGUUUUCUGUUUUACCUCAGUUUUUAGAAGCCCCUUUAAAACUCAAUCAAGUAGGGGUUGAGCUGUUAGAGUAGAUGUAUCUCUCUUUCUAUAUAUAUAUAUAUAUAUAUAUUAAUGUAAUGAACAAGUGCCCGUCUAACAGUCACCUUCUCACUCCUCUGCAUGAGCUGAUUAAUAUAUCAACAUAAUCAACGCUCAGUAUCUUUUACAUGCCUGUCUGCAUUCUCCAGUUUUCACCGGCCUGUAGAGGAGGCGUUUAUGUCUGAGAUCUGCGGACACGAUGAGUGGAGGUUAGCUUGUACAGGAAUCCAUCAGCACCUCUUCACCUGGUUGAAAUCUAAAGACUGUAAGGCACGUCAUGGCAAAAAAAAUAAAAAAUAAAUAAAAAUACAAUUCUAUGCAGUAUAGAUGUGUAAAAUAUGUAAAUUAAAUCAUAUCCUAUAUUUAUGAAGACCCUUUAAAACUGAAGUCUCGUAAUCUUGUAAACAUGCAACACGUUGAAACAGUCACAGCUACAGUAACGUCAAACACGGGCAUUAAGAUAAACAGUCACAAAAAGGUUUUAUCACGUUUCAGCAUGACUGAAGUUGUCCGCAGGCAACUACCAAAACGUAGUCGAGUGUUUUGUUGAUACUGUGAGUCGCUCUCCGCUCUACUGUUUAUGGUUGUACAGUGUUUAAGAUAGCCAGUGUGAGAUAUAUUGCAUGAUUUUUUUACACAUAUCCAUCUGAACAUCGUCAUUAAAAAUGCACCUUGCUGUUAGUUGCUGAACAGAAGAGCCCACAGGUGUUCUCAAGCCUGGUGAGGCUGGAUUGCACCGACAAGGACUCACUUUUAAACUAGCUUGAACUUAAGAAAGAUACAUUUUUUUCCAAACCCAGACUCAGUUCAAUUGCACCAAAACUUUAAACUCCAAUUUAAACUGUGAUCCAUGUUUGACUUUUAACAGGGCUGUCUUUUUUUUUUUUCCUUUUACUGGAAUAAAAUGAAUCGACAGACUCAAACCAAAUGAGUUUUACGAUGCUGGGAUUUCUAUCUACAGGGCAACCUGCUGCAAGGUGUGACUUCAACCAAAGUGUGGACGGGCUGGUCCACAGUCAGACGGCCGCUGUUAAACACUCCUUCUUCUUGCUUUGUGAAGAAUACAAGUCUGUCGGAUUGUCAGGUGCAAGCUUUUAUUAUGAAAUAGCGAAAUCAGGAAGUGAUCAUCUUAGAUCAAAUCAAGUCUUGUUGGUGCAACCCAGUUUAGUUCCCUCAAAGCAAACUCUAGUAGUGAAACACAGUCGUUCACUGAAGUAGGCCGACUGAGUCACUGUUCUAGUUUUUCGAGGUGUUAGUGACCACUGAAUCCGUCCCGAUCCUCUUACACCCAGAAGACUCGCAUUACGACCGAGGAACGAGCAGAAAGAACCUGGCGGGCUCGCUAAGUUUCCUCAACUCUUCUUCUCUUAAAACAUCUGUAAGUGGCUCUUGUAGCAAGAGUCUACAAAGAGAGUGUAAUAAUAAUGUACGUGCGUUCAUGUAAAUCCUGCUGAAUGUACAUGCGUAUAUGAACGUACCACUGACGUUCCCCCCCCACUAAAGGAUAAUAUCAGCUGAGAGGUCAAACCACAAACCAUUUUCCCGUCUCGAACCGAAAUUGAAUUCACUUUCCGAAAUGUCGGCGCGUGUGAUGGAGCGUCGCAGUGUGCUGAAAAUGUCAACGAGGACGGGGGUCAAAGAGAGGAGGCUUGUUUAGAGAGGAAAAAAAACGCCCCAGAACUGACGGGCCAAAUGACAUGCGGCACUCCAAUCCUCCUUUUAUCGUAGCUUAGAGGAUUUUUACAUGCAGCGUUGAAUUUCUGAGCUCCGGAAGCGGUUUGUAAACAGCUGCAGACGCCUCGGGAGCUGUUUCUAAUGCGGCGCUGCUGUCGGGAUUAUUUCUGUAUUAUCUUCCCAGAUGCUCUAUGAUGUGAGAUCCAUUUAACUUUUUUUUUUUCUUCAACAUUUUGUUUCCGUCUUCACCCUUAAAACUCUUUACACACUCCCACUUGUGAAUACAUGUUGACUGCGUGAAUGCGAAGCAGCGGAUCUCAGAGCGAGUCCUCUGCUCAGAUGUUGUAUUUUUUCAUAUCAAAGUGGACACAAGAUUGUGACCCAGACAACCCAACACACCCUAUUUAACAUCAAAACAAUCCUUCAAACUAACGACAUCCCUCAUUAUUCCAAAGAAAAAGAAAAACACUAUUUUCAUACUUCUUUUUUUUUUUUUCUUUAACAUACCAAAUGCGUGUCUUUGGGCAAACAUUCUUGCGCUCCUUAGAGAAAAAAAGAAAUGUUUGGUGCAGAGCUGUGAAGCCAUACAGCCUAUAGAAGAACCCGUUGUAUCGUAUUUCUUCAUUAUAUUGUCAUGUACGCUUCACUGUUUUUGCCUUGUUUUUCUGCUCGACGCACAAAGCAGACAAGCCUCCUUUUACACGUCUUCAGAUCGAGCGUUUGCUGCCCUUGAUGUAAAAAAAAAAAAAUUAAAAAAAAUAAUCUCCACACUGGAUGUUUUCCUGCAGCGCCGACUCGUUUGAAGUCGUGGCAGUCGCUUUCAUUGAAUGUGUCGGACUGAAUCACGAUGUCAACACUGUUGCCUCACCAGCAGAUCACAACAGCUUUAUGUGUGUGUGUGUGUGUUUUUUUUUUAUUUGCAUCUGUUUUUCUUUAUAAAAUGUACUUGCUUUAUUGUUAAAAAAAGAAAACAUUUGUUUUUCGUGGCUUUGCGGGGAAAUCCAAGUCCCCUGCUUUUAUUGUCAAAGUGCUUUAUCUGGAAUCAUGUGCUUUACAGAAGUUUUUAAGGCUUUAACUCUGUUUUUUUUUUCCUUCCUCCAUCUCAUGUUUACCCUUUAAACUGCACUCCAGAGUCGAUUUGUCAUGCAAACUUUUAAACUGUGUAGUUGAGAGUGGAGCGGAAAGACGCUGAGUUCACAGCUGAAAUCGGAGCAGCGUGUAAACCUUCCUGCUCAGAGUCAGUGCUCCUGAUGUUCAGUUGCUCCACAGGGGAGAAAGUAAAGAUGAAGGCAUAAAUUGCAAUCCACUCCUUAUUUGCAUGUUUUCAGAUUUUUCAGUUUUGCUUGUUUUUCCUGAUAUCUAGUCAGCCAUUCGUUGCUGUUCCUUCACUGGAGCGUCAUCAUCAGGUCGACUUUCAGGUGUGUCACAUUUUCAGAUUCAUCAUAUCAACGUAUAUUUUAAAGUCUUGUCUUAAAAACGAUAUAAACACGCUCGGUUGAAGUCUUCUCAGUGCAUAAUUCCCCCUCUGUGUUACUGUCCCACCACUGCAGCUCAGCAAGGAAACACUGUCUGAUAAAAUCUCAACAUAUGUACAAAAAGAUGAUUUAUUACGCUUUAUAUGUUUAACUCUGACUGCUGAAGCCUCGUAUUAACUUUCUGGAACGAUUAUUGUUUGAAAGUACACGUGUGCAACUAUUCUUUAAAUCUGCAACAAUAUAAUCAAUAGAUAUUAAUGGUUGCUGGACACUACAGUGUGCUUUGAACAACUGUUGCCGCUAAUUUGGUUACUACACGGGCUGAAACAUGCUUAAAAAAACACCCGGUGUGUUCCUUUAAGUGCUGCAGCCGAGCAGUUCAAGGCUUAGUUUGCGGAGGAACAUGAGUGAAACACUGACCAAUUAGCGAGGCCAGUAAUCACACGGUGACGCACUCACGUGCACGUCAUCAGCACGAUGACCCGGCGGUGUCAUCGGGACCGUUUUCCCACCUUCGUUUACCUCGUCGUUCUGCAACCCAGCUCCUCUCGCACUCCACCACACCGAGCACUUUAACGAAGCUGUGUUUUAUCUCGACGUUAGAGAGAGAGAGCAAUAAGUGGCUUUAAUGUAGUGUGCGCGUUGUGUUCGGUUCAGGUGAUACAUCAGGGGGAAGGAAUGUUCUCUGUGAUGGGCCUUUAUAAACAGAGAUGAGAUUAGUGUUUUCAGUCCUGAAGCAUUUUUGAAAUGCUGCGACUUGAUGAAAGACUUGAUUUCCCUUUUUAUUCACACUUUGUUUACCUUCACGCGUUUUGUUGAAAUUAUGUGUCAGUCGGUUUAAAUUUUUGCAAUAAUUAAAGAGGUUUUAUUUUAUUUUGUACACAUGAACGGGGGAAUAUGUACAACAAAAAGGAAAAUGAAAAAAAAACAAAAAAACAUGUAUUAGAGAUUUAUUAUAUUAUGUACGAAUCAGAAUCUGAAAGUGUGCACUUUCUUCUUGAUUACUCUUUAGCUUUCAGCAUUCCAUUCCUGUAAUGACCAGUGAGACUAACAGCCAGAAGUGAAACUACGUCAGAUACUAUAUACCAAAUUAAAGUUCUACUUUAUAGCAA